GUCUUUUUCUCGACUAUCAAAUAUUAAAGGACAUUUAACUCGAUUUUAUAAUACAGCAAUAAUGACAAAUACAGAAAAAGCUACAUUUGCUGCUGGUUGCUUUUGGGGGGUUGAACAUAUUUAUCUUAAAUAUUUCAAACAGUAUGAUAUAAAGACAAAAGUAGGAUAUAUUGGAGGAAGUACAGCUAACCCUGAUUAUCGAAUGGUUUGCUCAGGAAAUACAAAUCAUGCUGAAGCAUUAGAAAUCAAUUUUGACCCAACUAAGGUAUCCUAUGAAACCCUUGUUGAAUUCUUUUAUAAAAUGCAUGAUCCUACUACGGUCAAUGCUCAAGGACCAGAUAUAGGCACUCAAUAUAGAUCAGCUAUCUUUUAUCAUUCACCUGAACAAAAAAUGACUGCAGAAAAAGUGACAGCUGAAGUUCAAGAAAAGCACUAUAAAGGGAAAAAAAUUGUUACGCAAAUUGUACCUGCAGGCGUAUUUUAUGAUGCAGAGACAUAUCAUCAGAAAUAUUUAAUAAAUAAUCCUAAUGGUUAUGAG